ACAUCCGUCAUUCUUUCCCGCUGUAAUGAUGGACAAUCACAGGUAAAGUUUAUCAGCUAUACUUCAGGGGAAAAUGUAGUAAAUUCUCAUCUAUUUAAAAUGUAAACUGCGAAAUUGUGUCUGUAAUGUUUGAUAACAGUUGGUUAGCUCGGUUUUGUCGACGCUACGGCAUUUGAAGCUUUACUGACAGAAAUCAACCGUUAGACGACAGACGGAGUUUCUGAAGGCGGUUCCUCAGGCCAAUUUACAUUAAGAUAAUCAAGUAUAAAGUCGUAAUGACCACACAGACCCGUUUGUUGUGUUCAGACAGCAGGACUUUCCUCUGAAUGACGCACUACAGGAGGUUCUGCAGCAGGGGGCGACGCGCGCGCGGGAACUGAGAGACGCGCAGCAACAACUACACACACUAGAGGUGUCUCUUGUGGAAGCGGAUCAGAGCUGCGAGUCUGUGUGUUCUGGUGUGAAUCUGAAGGAGAAGAUGCUCAGUGUCGUUCACUGUGACAUGGAGCAGGUGCACCGCAGCAUCGUCAGUCUGGACGCACAGAUUCAGGCCGUCCUGCUGGAGAACCUGAGGCUCAGAAACUGCAUCGAGGAACAGCAGGAGAAGUCCCGCUCGCAGCUGACGCAGUUCGGCUCGUACCGCAGCGAGAUGCAGGAGUACCGGACGGCCGUGUCUGUGCUGGAGAGCCGAGCAGACGUCCAUCAGGAGCUGCAGCAGAAGGAUCAGGAGGUGCGAGACCUGACAGCCGCGCUGGAGGAGCUGAAGACGGAUCUCCAGAACCCAGACGGCAGUGCUGUCCGACAGGCGCAGAAGGACAUUGACUUUCUUAAGGUGAAUAUUCAUGAAGCCCGACAGACUGUGAGGGAGAGAAAAGCUGAACUGGAGAACGAAGAGCGAACGCAGACGCAGCUGAGGAGAGAGAUCGAGAUUCAGCAGCGCAGAUUCGAAGCCGUCCUGAAGCGUCUGCGCAGUCAGCUGAAGAAGGCGCAGUCGGGUCACUGGCAGCUGCGCGGUGAUGUCACACACCUGGAGAAGCAGCUGCAGGAUCUCAGGAGUCAGCUGGAGGAAGAUCAACGCUGAGAGAAACAGGUUAUGCUUAUGUUUGAGACACUAAGUUAAAUGUGUUUGGAUGCAAAGCUGUUCUGGAAACGUUUGAUUUAAACCGAAAACUAUUUUUCAUAAGAGGAAAGAUUGAAGAGCUGAGAAAUAUUUUAAACUUUCAGUGUUCAACAGUCCUUCAAUAAAACCUCCCCAAAUUAACAUUUAAA